AUGGCGCCUGUUGUUACCGGGAAGUUUGGCGAUCUGUGUCAACCUCAACGUUUAACAAGGGAGGCAAUGAGGACCUAUUUGAAGGAAAAAGAUGAUCAAACGGUCCUCAUUCUGCAUGCGAAAGUGGCACAAAAGUCUUAUGGCAAUGAGAAAAGGUUUUUCUGCCCUCCGCCAUGCAUUUAUCUGUUGGGCAGCGGUUGGAAGAAGAAACUGGAGAAGAUGCAGAAGGAGGGCUGCACAGAGCAGGAGGCCCAACCCUGUGCCUUUAUUGGGAUUGGCAACAGUGAAGUGGAGAUGCAACAACUGAACUUGGAGGGGAAGAACUUUUGCGCUGCUAAGACCUUAUACAUCAGUGACACAGAUAAAAGGAAACACUUCAUGUUGUCUGUAAAGAUGCUGUAUGGCAAUAGCGCCGAUAUUGGCCUCUUCCUCAGCAAGAGAAUCAAAGUAAUCUCCAAGCCUUCCAAGAAGAAGCAGUCCUUGAAAAAUGCAGACUUAUGUAUUGCAUCGGGAACAAAGGUAGCCUUAUUUAACCGCCUACGAUCACAAACAGUCAGCACCAGGUAUCUUCAUGUGGAGGGUGGAAACUUUCAUGCUAGUUCUCUCCAGUGGGGGGCCUUCUACAUCCACCUCUUGGACGAUGACGAAUCUGAAGGGGAGGAGUUUGCUGUGCGAGAUGGUUACAUUCAUUAUGGCCAGACGGUGAAACUGGUGUGCUCCGUCACUGGCAUGGCACUCCCCAGACUGGUCAUCCGCAAAGUUGACAAGCAGGCAGCAUUGUGGGAUGCAGACGAUCCGGUGUCGCAGCUUCACAAGUGUGCUUUCUAUCUGAAAGACACAGAACGGAUGUACCUCUGCCUCUCACAGGAUAGAAUAAUUCAGUACCAGGCUGCACCAUGUGUCAAAGAAGCAAACAAAGAAGUCAUUAACGAUGGCGCUUGCUGGACCAUAAUCAGCACCGAUAAGGCUGAGUAUACAUUCUAUGAGGGUAUGGGCCCCGUCAACUCUCCAGUCACCCCUGUACCCGUAGUAGAAAGCCUGCAGUUAAAUGGUGGAGGGGAUGUGGCCAUGUUAGAGCUCACUGGACAUAACUUCACUCCCAACCUUCGAGUGUGGUUUGGAGAUGUGGAGGCUGAUACCAUGUACAGAUGCGGCGAGAGCAUCCUAUGUGUGGUUCCUGACAUUUCGGCUUUCAGAGAGGGCUGGCGCUGGGUCAGGCAGCCGGUGCAAGUCCCUGUCACGCUGGUUCGUAAUGACGGAAUCAUCUAUGCCACUUCCCUCACUUUCACCUACACUUCGGAACCAGGGCCCCGCCCCCACUGCAGUGUUGCGGAGGCCAUACUGAGGACACACAGCACCUCCUCCUCAUCAUCCUCAGCAUCCCAGACUUGUUCAUCUUCAACUUCUUCCUCACUGAGCGCAUUCACAAAUGUCCAGGGGGUUUACAGCAGUCAUGACUCAGGCAUGUCAGUGUUGUCAUAG